AUGCUCAAGAAUUUCGUGUGGGCCAUCAUGGACUUCCUCACGAUCCUCUCGUGCGGCGACAACACGGCCACGUGCUUGGGAAUGAUGCCUGUCAGCAUGCUAUCCGAGGCACUUGAAGGGUCGCCAUUAUCGAGCGUCUCCGUUGGUCCCGCUGGCCUUUGGAGCCUCGCCGCGGCUACCGCGCGCAAGCAGGUGGCAAUGUCGAUCAAGGAGCGGCGAAGCAAGCUCAAGGUACGCAACGCGUGGCUCAUCAUCGAGCGCCAGAAGGCGGAGGAUGGACACGAUGUGGAGGCCAUCGCAGUGUUGACUGAAGAGAUCAAUCGCGUCGAGGGGCAGCUCAAAGUCUUGGAUGAGCAAGAGAAGAUGAACCACGGGUAA